GUCGCCAUUUUAGUGUAGUCACAGUCGAGGCACACUCACCCGAGGCUAAGCAAGCAACACUCGCCAAGUGUCCUCCUCCCUCGAGUCUCAAGUGCUGCGUGUGUGUGUGUGAACGUGUGUCUGUGUUGUGCGGUCAGUGUGUUGUAUGCCAAACCAAAAUAAAUAAUAAAUUAUGUACGCGCCGUUGUGUUGUGAAUCUAUCGAGUGCCGAGGAGGUUCUGUUGUUCACCGAGUGUCGUCCUCCUCCUCCACCUCCUCCUCAACGUCCUCCUCCUCCUCCAGGAUCACCUCCUUCUCCUCCUCAGUAGACAGCAUCCUCGGAAGGUCGUUGUGGUCCAAUUCUUCUUCCUUGGCAUUGGUUACAGCUAGCAGCGUCUAAAUGAAGGCUCCUGGGCCCUUUCAAGAUGUCGAGUGCAGUGGCAGUGUCGGUGCCUAGUGAGUGUGGGGGUGGCGUUGGCGUUGGGGGCGGCGGGGGAGGUGGGGGCGGUGAGGUGCGCCGCCGGCCCCAGCCGAUGAAGACUGCCCCCGGGGCCACGGGGGCCACCAACGGGGGGCCAACCAACGGUAACGGGGGCGCCCCCAACGGACCACAACGCAAGCAGUGCUGUCUCUGCUGGUGCUGCUGCUGUAGUUGUUCUUGGACAGACUGUAUUCUGGGCUUGGCGAUUUAUUUAGACACAACGAAUUCACGUUAA